GGCUGUGAUCGGAGACGGUGUUUAACGGGGUUUAGGAGGGGAGAGGAGAGACCGGGGUGGGUGAAGGAGGGGAGUGGGACGGCACAUGAUGAGGGAGGUCUGCGGGAAGGAGAUGAGGCGAAUAAAGCGCCGCCUGCCCCACGAUCUGAUGACAGUCCGCUGCCUGGAGCCGGUUUAGCGCCGCGAUUUCGUGUUAUUUCUUGUCAUUUGUCGGGAUUACGAUCCGUUAAACCGGAUGGAAAAUACAACCGGAGGAGGUCUGUUUCUGUGCCUCUUCCCAGCCCAGCCUGCAUGGAUCUGAGCGAUCGGGCCCCUUUUAUCCCCUUUACCAGGAUUAAGAAGAGGAUCGGCCGUCUGCUUCACUGACAGGGGGCGACACUUUGCCAACAGGCUAGAGCAGGCCAGCUGCAUGGGGAGUGUCAGAUCCCUCACGUCAGUGGCUCUUGGGCCAGUCCACAUUUUUACUCCAUUCCUCCCCCUACCCUACACAGCUGAGCCAGGACCCCAGCCUGGCCGUCAUGGCUCCUCCCCAGAUCUCCCUCUUUCUCCUCGGUCUCCUGGCCCUGACGGCGCAGGCCUGCCCUAGUCGCUGCCGCUGCUACAGCCUGACCGUGGAGUGCGGCUCCAUCGGGCUACGUGACAUCCCCGAGGGUGUACCACCCAGUACACAGACCGUAUUCCUUCAGGACAACGCCAUUGGCCAGGUGCAUCAGCAUGACCUGUCCCAGCUCGGCAGUCUGCUGUACCUGUACCUCCAGAACAAUGGCAUCUCGGUGUUGGAUCCGGGCGCCUUCCGCAGCCAGGGCCGGCUGUUGGAGCUGGCGCUCAACGGCAACCGCAUCCACCUGCUGAGCGCCGACGUGCUCGAAGGCCUGUCGCACCUGCGUGUCCUCUACCUGGCCGGGAACCAGAUCACGCGGCUGCAGGACUUCACCUUCCGCGGCCUCCAGCGCCUCCAGGAGCUGCAUCUGCAGGAGAACAGCUUGGAGGUGCUGGGGGAGCAAGCAAUGCUGGGUCUGGGCUCCCUGGCACUACUGGACCUCAGCAGAAAUAGCCUGCGUACCCUGAGCCAGGCCUCGCUCCAUCCCCUGGUCAGCCUGCAGGUUCUGCGUAUCACAGACAACCCGUGGCGCUGUGACUGCGCCCUCCACUGGCUGCGCGGCUGGAUGGACGAGGAGGGCCGGCGGCUGCUGAGCUUGGCCGAGCGCCGCCUGGUGUGCGCAGAGCCUCCGCGCCUGUCACGCCGCGGCCUCUCCGAGGUGCCGCCCAGCAGCCUGGUGUGCAUCCCGCCCAGCGUGCAGCUGGAGCCCAGCCGGCUGACGGUGCCGCUGGGGGAGAGCCUGCGCGUGUCCUGCCGGGCUGUCGGCUACCCCCAGCCGCAGGUCAUCUGGAGGAAGGUGGCGCGGGGCCGCACACAUCUCACACCCCAGGGGCUGGUGCAGGAGGUGCCGGUGCCAGGAGCAGGGGCUCCGGGGGGUGUCACCACAGCCCAGCCGGCCAGCUGGGUGGGUGGGGCCGGCGGGACGAGCGGGCCCCUCGAGGAAGGGGAGCGCUUUGACCCCGACACAGGCAGCGGGAUGCUCUUUCUCAGCAACGUCACGGUGGCACACGCCGGCCGCUACGAGUGCGAGGCCUCCAACCCAGGGGGAGUGGCCAGGGUGACCUUCCACCUCUCCGUCAACCUGUCCUCCGCACCGUCCCCUCCCUCCUCCUCCUCCUCCUCCUACUGGGGCCAUCGCUCUCGCUCCUCCUAUGCAGCAGGGGGCGUGAGUCCAGAGUCGCUCUACGACCUGGAGAGCAUGGAUUUCGGCGCACUGGGCGUGGCCACGCAGGCCGCUAUCGGCGUGGGCAUCUCCCUGCUGGCCCUCACCGCCCUGCUGCUGGUGGCCAUGAUCUACAGCCAGCAGAAGCGGCGCCUCAGGCGCCCCCUAGAGGAGAGUGUCCUCUACAUCAAUGACUACUCAGAUGGGCCCACCACCUUCGCCCAGUUAGAGGAAUACCGUGACGAACGCGGCCACGAGAUGUACGUGCUGAACCGCAGCCGGCCGGUCCUCCCCGAUGGUCAGCAGGCCCCCCAGGACCAGGCGGCAGAGAUUGCUGCAGGGGGGCAGCCGCGAGGGGUGACUGAGGGCGAGGAGGCCGACCCUGAUGGGACCUUCCUGAACCAGGGCUUGCUGUUUGACACGCAGGUCGCCUAUGAGAUCCAUUGCUGAACGUCACUGCUUCCUCUCUCCCUGCCUCGAGUCUGGCCCCCCUGGUGCUGGGUUCGGUUUAAUCUCAGCGGGGCGGGUCGCAGAGGCUCUCCCCAGCUCUCGGAUGCCCCGAGCAGCAGGUCAGACAGGUGGCCGCAGCCUUUCUGGCUGGAUCUCCUGCUUCUCCACCUUCUCAUACGGAACGUGGUUUUAAGCACUUAAUCCCAGAAAAGACAGAUAUGCUGUGACCCCCACCUCCCAUUUAUACCCAGGUUGUCCAGAGAAGAUUCUAGAAGUUUACAGCCAAAAUGAAGUGAUUCUGUAAGUCCUAGUGCCAUGAACCCUUUAAACCAGACAGCCUACUGCAGAAUAAAAGCAAAAAACCAAUAUGGAUGUAUUUUUAUUGCUCUAUAUUUUAAAUGAAUAUAUGUACUUUGAUGCCUUUGUUAUGUUUUAGUUGUUGACGUGUUGUUUUCUUGAUUAUAUUUACUUAUUUAACAUUGA